AUGACUAGAAAUUCACAUUUAAACACAAUCCUUGGCUCAGAACUAUUUGAAAAAAUAAGUAAAUGUCGAGUAUUAAUGGUUGGAGCGGGUGGAAUAGGCUGUGAACUUUUGAAAAACCUUGUCAUGUCAGGUUUUCAAGAAAUUGAAUUGAUUGAUUUAGAUACAAUAGACUUAUCAAAUCUUAAUCGACAAUUUUUAUUUCAAAAACAACAUAUCAAAAAAUCAAAAGCUGAAGUAGCAAGAGAAUCAGCAUUGAAGUUUAAUCCAAAUGUAAAUAUAACCUCACAUCAUGCCAAUAUUAAAGAUCUUCAAUUCAAUCUAGAAUGGUUUAAAAGUUUUGACAUCGUAAUGAAUGCCUUAGACAAUCUCGAUGCCAGACGUCACGUGAACAAGAUGUGCUUAGCUGCAAAUGUACCAUUAAUCGAAUCUGGAACAGAAGGAUACUUGGGACAAGUUACAGUUAUAAAAAAGGGAGAAACAGAAUGUUAUGAUUGUUUACCAAAACCAUCAAGAAAAACAUAUGCAAUCUGUACUAUUCGUAGUACACCAAGUAGUCCAAUACAUUGUAUUGUUUGGGCAAAAAGUUAUCUUUUCAGUCAGUUAUUUGGAAUACCUGAAGAUGAUGAUGAUUCAGAAUUGGAUACAUCACUUAAUAGUGAAAAUGCCGAGGAAAUUUCUAAUCUUAAGAAGGAAACUCAAAUUUUAAAAGAAAUAAGAGAGGCGAUCGGAUCUGACGAUUUUCCAAGAAUGGUUUUUAAAAAGGUGUUUUCUGAUGAUAUUGUACGUUUAUUAAGCAUGGAAGAUAUGUGGAAGUCAAGAAAACCACCCAAACCUUUGAAUUAUGAAACUAUUGAAAAUUCAAUUGAUGAUAAUAAUUCACAAUCUAUUGAUAUGACAACAAAUAAAAAUAUAGCAAGAAAUCGAAAUGUUUGGAGUCUUAAUGAAAACCUUCUAGUAUUCAAAGAUAGCAUUCAAAGAUUGAGUUCAAGAUUAUUAUAUGAAAAAUCAUCAAAUCCUAAUGCUUCACUUUCUUUUGACAAAGACGACAUAGACACGUUGGACUUUGUGACUGCUACAUCAAAUUUAAGGGCGUUUGUAUUUGACAUUGAAAGAAAAUCAUGUUUUGAUGUUAAAGCAAUGGCUGGUAAUAUUAUUCCAGCAAUCGCAACAACAAAUGCCAUCAUUGCAGGAAUGAUUGUGAUGCAAUCAUUCAAAAUUCUUAAUGGAAAAUUAAACGAAUGCAAAACUGUAUACUUUGAUAGAUCAAGACUGCCACAAGUAUUUCUUUCAGAGUCACUUAAAAAACCAAAACCAAAUUGUCUUAUUUGUAGUAAUGCAUAUGUAUCAUUGAAGAUUAACACCAAGAAAACUACAUUAAGAGAAUUUCUUGAAAAAAUUGUUUUAUUAGAUGAUCAAGAUAAAACAGACAUUGGUGAUUAUAUGGUGACUCAAGAUGGAAGAAUGUUAUACGAUGUUGAAUAUGAUGAUAACCUUGAUUCUACAUUUGAACAAUUAACAAUCACUGAUGGUAAAAUGUUGAUGGUGACACCAGAGGAUGAAUAUGUACCAGCAAUCUUUUCAAUAUCUCACAAGGAAUCUUUUGAUUCUCCAGAUGUCUGGUUUCAGUGUAUCAUGGCUCUUCCUACUGAUAUUGCUUCAGCUUCUCAAGGAAUUCUAUUAUUUAAUAAAUGGACUUACGAUGAUGUAGAAGUAAAAGAUAUAUCAUUGACAGACUACAUACAAAUUCGUAAUCCAGUUUAUUUACCGCAUACAGCUGGUCGUUUUUCCACAAAAAGAUUUAGAAAAGCACAAUGUCCUAUUGUUGAACGAUUGACCAACUCACUUAUGAUGCACGGGCGUAAUAACGGAAAAAAAUUAAUGGCAGUUAGAAUUGUAAAACACGCAUUUGAAAUUAUUCACCUUUCAACUGAUCAAAACCCUAUUCAAGUUUUGGUUGAUGCUAUAAUUAACACUGGUCCGCGUGAAGAUUCAACUCGUAUUGGUAGUGCAGGAACAGUUAGGAGACAAGCAGUUGAUGUUUCACCUCUUCGUAGAGUGAAUCAAUCUAUUGCAUUAUUAACAAUUGGAACACGUGAAUCAGCUUUCAGAAAUGUUAAAAGUAUUGCUGAAUGUUUGGCCGAUGAAUUAAUUAAUGCUGCUAAGGGAAGUUCAAAUUCAUAUGCCAUUAAAAAGAAAGACGAAUUAGAACGUGUUGCCAAGUCUAAUCGUUAA